GUUGUGACAGGGUAGCGCUGUGCUCUACGUUAUUGUACCGUGUUUGUGUCCUGUGCGUUGUUUUUUCGUUUGGUCGUCUCUAAUUAUGUGUUCAGCAUUCGAGAGACUAAUGAGAGAAAAGCUGAAAGAGUACUCGGCGAGAAGAAACACUCAGCAGCCAAAAUCUUCAGAUGCGUCAAGGAGUUGUCCAAAAUUUUUCUUCAGACUUAAGAGUGGGAGCGUGGAUAUCCGAUUUUUCAAAUAUCCUUUCUCAGUGGAAAAUGGAAGUCAUCGGGAAUGUAUUCUUGGCCCGAAGUACUACAAAGAAAAGAAAGAGGUUCCUGUUCCAGAUCAUCUGGCUGACCAUAUGAACCCCAGGAAGAGACUUUGUGUUAUGGCCACAAAGAAAAGUGGUUGCCAGCUACAUUCUCUGUUAAAUGUAUCCGGGUGUAUCCUGGAUAUUCAAUUGAGCCAGAGGGGGCUCAUCCUACUAUUAAGAAAAAGGUGAGUUUAAAC